AUGAUAUUAAUUCUAUAGCUUACUUAAAUUAAAAUACUUUUGUUGUUUGUUUAGAUAAAAAUAAAAUUUAAGCAUGGUCUAUUACAACUAAGAAAAAAAUAGCAGGAAUUAGUGGGUCUUCAUGCUCCUUAGUUGUCAGAAUAAAUUUUUCAAGAUAACCAAAUCAAUAAGAUAUCAUCUACAUAGGAUUUUAAAGGUCUUACUUUUCUACAAGCAUUAGUUGGCCAAUAUGUAGUUGCCAGCAGCAACACAGAAAUGAGAAUCUAUGACAUGAAUCUUUAGAAAUAUGAAACAUUUUCUUGUUCAAAGCCAGAUAGAGGUCUCUUUUUUAACCCUAAUGAUGAUCUGAUGAUUUCUUCUUGUGAGGGAUAGAUAACAAGUAAUAUAUGGGAUAAGUAAUUAAAAACUCCAACAACAGAGUAAUACUAGUAUGUAACAAAACAUGGAUAUACCUCUCCACUUUUAACCACUUUCCUAAAAAUUGUUCUUGGCGUACUUUAACAAUAAUUGAAUUCUCUUGUCAAAUACAGUGUAGUUGGAUAAAAAAUUGUUCUAAUUGAUUAAAACUCUCUAAACAACUAAAGAAUCGAGCAAAGCUUCUCAGGAUUUGAUUAUUUAAGAUAUUCUGAGAAUUUGAUCCUUUACGAUAAGUAGAAUAAUGUUUAUUUAUUAAAUCCUGAUAAUUCAUUUUAAUGGUGCAACGAUACUUGCUUGACAUGUGAUGAUAGUGAUCCUACUUUAUGUUUAACAUGUAGAUACAGUAAUAUGAUAGUCAAUUAAAAUUCAUAAUGCAUUUGCAAAGAAGGAUUUUUCAUGAAUUCUAAAUUAUUAUGUUAAAAAUGUGAUCCAACAUGUAAAACAUGCAAAGAUUAAAAUACUUGCUUAACCUGUGAAGAGACAUAAUUCAGAGUUUACAACAGUAAAACAAAUUAAUGUGAUUGUUAAUAAUCUUAUUAUUCAUAAAAUUCUUCACCCACUUGCAUAAAAUGCCCCUAUUACUGCUAAAAUUGUGCUUAUGAUUACUCUUUAAAUACAAUUAAAUGUAUUUAAUGCUUCUAAAAUACAUAAUUAAAUAGAAAUAAUGUUGGUAAUUGUGAAUGUAAAUCUGGUUUUUUUGAUGAUGGUACAAAUCUGAAGUGUAAUCAAUGUAAUUACACAUGCUAAGAAUGUACAAGCUAAAAUAAAUGUAGUUCUUGCGACAAUAGUAAAUUGAGAUAUUUAAACCCAUCUUCUUCUUCUUCUUGUGGGUGUAAAUCUGGAUAUUAUGAUGAUGGGGAAAAUUAAUUGUGCUAAAAGUGUCCAUAUUAUUGCUUAGAAUGUUAAAAAUAAGAGAAUAAAAUAGUUUGCACAUCUUGCAAUAUUUAUGUAAAUCAAAUAGCAACAUUUAGAUAAAAUGAUUAAACAUGCUCAUGCUAAAAAGGAUACUAUGAUUAAGGAUAGAUAUUUUGUAAAGCAUGUAACAAUGGAUGUACUUCUUGUGAUUAAAAUGGAUCAUGUCAAGCAAAUUGUCCUGAAAACUGUAUCUUUUGCAAUAACUCAAAUUAAUGUAAUAAAUGCAAGCCUUUGACAUAUUUAGUCAAUCAAUAAUGCUAAACAUAAUGUAAAUCUAACUAAUAUGCAGAUGAUACUAAAUAAACUUGUGAACCAUGUCCUUCAAAUUGUAGUAAAUGCAACUUAGAUGGUAAAAAAUGUUAACAGUGUUAUUCAGAUUAUGUCCUUUAUUAAGGUAAAUGCUUGGUUGUUUGUCCAGAUGGAACCUAUAAAAAUUAGAAUGAUUUCUGCUAGGAAUGCUAAUAGAAUUGUAUUUUAUGUAAUACUAAUGGAAUAUGUAAUAAGUGCAAGGAUGGUUUUUAUUUAUACUUAGACAAGGUAUGUUUAGCUAAUUGCCCAGAUGGAUAUUAUCAAGAUUGUGAUUCAGGGAAUGUAUGUAAUUAAUGCUCAGAAGGUUUUCUUUUAUACUAAAACAAAUAAUGCUUACUUAGCUGCCCAAAAGGAAACUACAAAGAUUCUAAUAAUAUUUGUAGAUAAUGUUAAAAAAAUUGUGCUUAAUGUGAUUCAACUGGUAUAUGCAAUUAAUGUUUUGAUAGUUUUUAUUUGUUUUAAAACAAAUAUUGUUUAUAAUUUUGCCCAGACGGUUUCUUCAAAAGUUCAAGUAAUACUUGUUAAUAGUGUACAUCUAAUUGCAUUUAAUGUGAUUAAAUAGACAACUGUAAUAAAUGCUAAGAUGAUUAUUACUUAUACUAAAAUAAUAAAUGUUUGCUAACAUGUCCAGGUGGAAGCUAUAAAGGUUCAGAUAAUAUCUGCCAAUAAUGCUAAGCAAACUGUAAAUAAUGUGAUUCUACUGAAGCAUGUAAUAAGUGCUAAGAUGGAUUUUAUUUAUUCUAAAAAAAGAAAUGUUUGGAUAACUGCCCAAUAGGAAACUACAAAGAUUCUAAUAAUAUAUGUUAAUUAUGCUAGUAAAAUUGUAUUUAAUGUAAUUCUAAAGAAUUAUGCACUUAAUGUUAAGAUGGUUUUUUCUUAUUCAAAAAUUAAUAAUGCCUUAAAGAUUGUCCAAAUAACUAUUAUCCUGAAAAUUAAAGUAGAGCAUGCUAGAAAUGUAUGAAUAAUUGUGAUAAAUGCUCUUCUUCUAAUUCAUGUGAUUAAUGUGUACAAAAUUUUUAUCUUUUAAAUAAUAACAGCUGUUUAUCUGAGUGUCCAUAAAAAUAUUUUAAAGAUUCUUAAAAAAACAUAUGUGUAUUGUGCUUUGAAAAUUGCGUUAAAUGCAGCAAUACUAGUUCAUGCUUAAAGUGUGGAAAUGGAUUACAUUUAUUAGAUGGUUAAUAAUGUGUGUAGAAUUGCCCAGAUGGAUACUUUGAAGACUAUUCCUUAGGUAUUUGUUAAAUAUGCUCAACAAACUUUUGCUAAAAAUGUAACAAUUAAAACAAAUGCUUAGAAUGUAAAAGUAAUUAUUAUCUCAAAGAAGAAGAAUGUGUUUAACAUUGUGGCCAAGGCUUUUAAAUCCAAAAAAAUAAAUGUAUCAUUUGUAAAGCAGAUAAUUGUUUAGAGUGUAACAAAUAAAUUGAUUAAUGCUCUUCCUGUUUAGAUGGAUAUGAACUUUUUAAAAAUGUUUGUGUAGCUAAAUGUGAAACUAAUUAAAUAAGAGAUUAAAAUGGGAGAUGUUUUGAACAAAACUUAUUUAAACUUGAAUAAAAAUCGAAAAACUCAAUUAAAGUGCUUUUCAAAUUUAAACAUCAUUUUGAAGAUGUUAAGAAGGAGUUAUAAGUAACAAUUUAAAAUUUAUAAGGUGAAUUUGACUAUAUCAUAGAGGUUUAGGAUGAUUUAACAUUACUCAUAACUUUAACUACUUCUAAAAAACUUUAAGAAAAAUAAACAGUUACAGUUGAGAUUAAUAAUACUAAUAAUGAAUUUGCUUAUCAGACGUAGUCGAUCGAUAUUUAACUAAUUUAAUAAAAGUAAGAUGAAAAUCCGGUUGCUUCUAAAUCAAUUGAGACUGCAGCUUAAGCUGUUUCUUCUGCCACAGUUGCAGCAAUAUUUCCAUUAGCAAUAUCUGGAAAUUUUUGGAUGAUUUCUUCAAUAUUAGAUAUCUCAUAAAUAAUUUACAUGACUUCAUUCAUAGAAUUUGAAAUGACUUCUACUUUAGACACUUUCUUAUCUUCACAGAAAAAUUUCAAAAUACCUUUCCCAAAUUUCUUUGAAUAUUUUGAUCACUAUGAAGACAUUACUUAUCCAACACCUUCUUAAAUUUUUGAAAAAGACAUUCAAGGAUUUUAUCUUAGUAAUAUGGGGGAUACAAUUUCACUACUUGCCAUAAUUUUUGGAUUAUAUUUAAGUUUGAAGAUGUUAAAAGUCUUAUUAUUAAAAUGUGAAAAGGCUUAAAAAACCUUCUUUGGGUAGUCUACCAAGAUAUGA